UCUAUUGUUUCAGCAAGAUUUCCUCAGCAUCAGUUUGAAGCUAAAACAUUCAAUUGGGGAUGGCUCUCAGAGGUGUGUGGCAACUCCAAAAGUUGAUUGUGAGCUACUCUGAUUGGGGAGGAAGUAGUCGGGGUAUCAGGGCAUUUAUGGAGUCUCAUUUGCCAGCAUUUAAAGAGAACAAUCCUCAGCUAGAGGUUGUCACUGAACUCAUUCGUGGUCAACAUCCACAUUUGAAGGCCUUCUACAAAAACAAGAAUGAGCGUGUUGUAUGCGUGAAGAAUCUUACCCCAGAAGACGUACUCCUACACGCUACCAGGCUAAGGAAUGCGUUAGGAAGGAAGGUGGUGAAACUGAAGACUAGGCAUGUCACCAAACACCCAAGUGUGCAAGGUACAUGGACAACUGACUUGAAAUUUUGAUCCUCCCAAGAGAACCAGCACUUAUUCUGGGUGUAUGCCACUGGUUUGUCGGAGUUUAGCUCUUGAUGCCUGAAGAUUUUGAGCAUGUUGAUGCUA